GGCGACAGUAGUUAAUAUUGGCUUUCAAAGGUUACUUUUUUUCUUAAAGUUUUCGAGUAAUUAAGGCGCGUUGCUGAUGGUUUUUGGGCCUCGACCUAAUCCAAAUUUGAGGCCAUCGCAAAUUUGUCAUAAAACAAAAUUGUACACUAAAAUUCUGACUUUUGGGCCCCACUUGCGCCAGGGCCGCCAAUAGUAUUUUCCACGGUUGCCUGAUGUAAUUACAGCGUCAGUAGAUUGUUGACUUGCCCCUGUCCAAUAGAUUCUUCUCUUGCCAAGGUCCAGUAGAUUGUUGAAUUUACCAGGUUCAGUAGAUUGUUGGAUUUCCUAGGUCCAGUAGAUUGUUGAAUUUCCAAAGUCCAGUUUAUUCUUAAAUUGACUAGGUCCCGUAGAUUGUUGACUUGCCAAGGUCCAGUAAAAUGUUGAAUUGCCUAGAUCCCGUAGAUUGUUGACUUGCAUAGGUCCAUUAGAUUGUUGACUUGCCAAGGUCCAGUAGAUUGUUGACUUGCCUAGGUCCAGUAAAUUUUUGACUUGCCAAGGUCCAGCAGAUUGUUGAAUUGCCAAGGUACCGUAGAUUGUUGACUUGCCUAGGUCCAGUAGAUUGUUGACUUGCCUAGGUACAGUAGAUUGUUGACUUGUCUAGGUCCAGUAGAUUGUUAAUUUGCCAAUGUCCAGUAGAUUGUUAAUUUGCCAAUGUCCAGUAGAUUGUUGAAUGGUCUAGGUCAAGUAGAUUGUUGACUACCCAAGGUACAGUUGAAUUUUGAAUUGCUCACGCCCAGUGGACUGUUGAAUUGCCCAGUUACAGUAGAUUGUGGUCUUUGCUAGGUCAAGUAGAUUAUUGACUGCCCCAGGUCCAGGAGAUUGUUGACUUGCUUAGGUCCAGGAGAUUGUUGACUUUCAGCUGAUCUAAGGUGGAUUGGUUCGUCCAAUACAUUUGUUUUCUAGGACGAGUGUUAUAAGAUUGUUGGGUAAGUUUGGGGAUCUAUACUUCUCUAGACAUCCCUUAGAAUGCAGGACGAUUCUGGUCAAAGUGUGAACUAUUUGAGACACUAUACACUUUGCCUAGGCAUACUAUGGUUUUAACACUUUAUCUGUAACGGACACAUAGACAUUAAUAUGAAUAUGGGCGCCAUCUUGUUGUCUGCGUCACUUUUGCUAGGACUUUUAAACAAAACUUUUUAAAAUUAUUAGCAAAUAAUGUAAGACGAGAAACAGAUUGAGACCGGGACAUUUAUCGUCUCAUCACAGCGCAUCUAAAAGUAGUUAUUUAAUGUAUUAGAUUUUAUGUCACAAUUCUAAUCAUAAUAAAUUUGAUCUAAAGAUUUUUAAGAUAUCUCGAACACCUUCUGACAUAAUUGAAACGUAGAUUAUUUUUAUUAUUAUUAUUAAAAAAAAAAAUAAAUUAAAGAAACAAAACUUUAUGAAAUAAAAAAAAAAAAGAAACAUAAAUAUAUAAGUAUCUGCGAAAAUAACCUUUUUAAAAUUUUAUUUAUAUUAUUAUUUAUAUGAUGCAUUUAUGCAAAAAAAAAUGUUUUAUAUUUAACAAUUUAUUUUAUUUGUUUUUAAAUUCAAAUUUUGAGGUAGUUGAGACCUGCUGAUCAAAUCUGUUGGCAUCGAAAAUGCAGAUGUUACCUGUCCUGAUCUCGAGUAUUGCUAUGAUAUUUUUCAUCGAAAAAUCUGGUGAGAUUGAUUAAAUUAAUAUAUGUUAAAACUAAGUUAGUGAAGUAAUAAAAGCCCUAAAACAUUGCUGAAUUGUGUUUAAUUUUUUUUCUAUAACCAGCAAGUGGUUUCUCCUCAAAGUUGUAUAAGAUCUACUCUGAAAUGAUACGACUUCAAACCUAAUCCAGUAUUUCCCUCGAUAACAACGCACCUUAAAGCUGUAUACGCCUUAAAGCUGUACACACCUUAAAGCUGUACACUCCUUAAAGUAUACAACUUCAACAAUCUUUCCAUAAAAUAUUGUGAACUUAAGUCGUGACAUCAUUUCCUUCUAUCGCGCUCUGAGGCGACACGCUCAUCUGGAACUUUUAGAUGUUUACCUGCAAAACUGAAUUGAGGAAUCAUUUUCCUGGAGCGAACCUGCACCUUCUGGUUCAUCCAAUUUAGACAAUAUUCAAUGAACCUUCCCGGAAGGCUUAGCCGAUAUUAAGAGCUCCUUAUUGAAGAUUCUGUUGGUCUUCUCUAAUUGUGGCAAGCUUUACAAACAGACGUUACAAUUUGGGAGAAAUGAAAACUAUAUCUGAACUAAAACUAAAUUCAUUCUUUAUUUUUAUUUUUUAAAGAUACCAGCAUCUGGCCGCCGAUCUCUGACAGAGCUUUCUGGGAUCCUAUUCAUUACAGCCUGGGGGGAAAAAGUUGUAACGACGGCAAUCGCACAGGAAGUCUGAUUCUUUCUGGUUUCAUCAACGUAACUGGGAAGACUCUUCCGAAAAUCGAAGCCGUAUUUGGCAUAUACACGUCUAAUACACGUCUCUUCUUUUUUCAGGUAAGUUAGCUGUAAAAAUUGUGUCCCUUAAUCUCUGCCCCCCAAAGUACGCUUAAAUUCUCAUUUCCUUAUCAAUGUUCCCCAACGUUGUCAUUUAAACUAUAAGCACCCCAUUUUCACGUUGUCCCUUGCCUUCCCUGGUGGUUAUUUUAUUUUGGACCAGGCACCACAACCAUAAAACAGACUCCCUUCAUAUGUAAAAUCUAAAAAAACCAGAAGACGUCUAAGAGUGUAAGACAGCAGAGCGUGCAAGGCGAAAAAGGUGUAAGGCGGCAAUGCGUGUAAGAUGGCAAAAAUUGUGAGACGAAUAAGCGUGUAUGACGGAAAACAAUGAAAGACGGCUAAUCAUUUAAGACGGUAAAACGUGUAAAUACACAAGGCGUGUACGACGGCAAAGCAUGUAAAAUGACAGAGCGUGUAAGACGGCAAAGCGUGUAAUACGAUAGAGCGUGUAAGAAGUAAAUCUUGUAAGACGCAAAGAGUGUAAGAUAGAAAGCUUUUAAGGUGGCAAAAAGUAAGAGACGAAAAAAAGUGUAAGUUGGCAAAGCGUGUAAGGUGACAAAAGUGUAAAGUGACACAAAUUUAGUUCAUCAUAUAUGAAGUUAACAUUGUUAACCUGUAAAAAAAAGAUAUAUGAAGUAGCUUUUGGAUGUUUAAGCAAAAAUUAUAUUUUAGUGUAUGAUAGAGCCGAGACAUUGGGCUGGCGACAUGGGCGACUUGCCCCGUUAGAUGGGCGUCAAAAUUUUGAGCUGGUGUCAUAGGAAACUGCCGCGGUAGAAGGGCGCCAAAAUAUUGCGUGGCGACAUGGCUGACUGCCGCGGUAGAAGGGCGCCAAAAUUUUGCGUGGUGACAUGGCUGACUGCCGCGGUAGAAGGGCGCCAAAAUUUUGCGUGGUGACAUGGCUGACUGCCGCGGUAGAAGGGCGCCAAAAUUUUGCGUGGUGACAUGGCUGACUGCCUGGUAGAAGGACGCCAAUAAUUGGGCUGGCGACAUUGCUGACUGCCCCGGUAGAAGGGUGCCAAUAAUUGGGCUGGCGACAUUGUUGACUGCCCCGGUAGAAGGGCGCCGAUAAUUGGGCUGGCGACAUUUCUGACUGCCCGGGUAGAAGGGUGCCAAUAAUUGGGCUGGCGACAUUGCUGACUGUCCUGGUAGAAGGACGCUAAUAAUUGGGCUGGUGACAUUGCUGACUGCCCCGGUUGAAGGGCGCCAAUACAAUCAUGUUGUUGCCAUCUUAGGAGCUGCCAUUACAUUUAGUUUUAUUUCAAAUGUUUUCUAUUUUAGGCUCUAUGUCUUGAACGCUGUCAACAGUUAAUACAAAAGAAACAAUACUCUGUCAACAGUUAGUAAAAAAAGUAAACAGUACACUGUCAACAGUACAAUAGCAACAUUUACACUGUCAACAGUUAGUGCAAUAGUAACAAUACACUGUCAACAGUUAGAACAAAAGUAAAAAUACACUGUCAACAAUUAGUACUAAAGUAACAAUACAGAAUCAAAAGCUAUCACAGAAGUAACAAUACACUGUCAACAGUACUAAAGAGACAAACACACUGUCAACUGUUAGUACUAAAGUAACAAUACACUGCCAACAGUUAGUACAAAAGGACAAAUACACUGUCAACAGUUUGUACAAAAGUAACAAUGCACUGUGAACAGUUAGUAAAGAAGUAACAAUACACUGUCAAUAGUACAGAAGUAACAAUACACUGUCAACAGUUAGUACAGAAGUAACAAUACACUAUCAACAGUUAGUACGGAAGUAAUACUACACUAAAUGGAGGUGAUUCUUCGUUUCGUGUGGCAUAUUCCAAAGUGGACGUUGUAUUAGCUUGUAUUUCAACUGUCUUAACAACUUAUUAGUCCUAUGUACAGGCUGACGAACUGUAUGCAUUUGUAUUUUUGUAAACGAAUUACAAACAUAUUCUAUUGUGGGUUUAACAAAUCUUAAUGAUUAAUUGAAACGGUUAAGAUUUUGAGUAUCUACAUCUGUUGAAAUUACUUUAGCGUUCGGCCUUUCGUUCGGGGUGGAUGGCCCCAGAGGGUGUGGGGAAUGGGGCAUGGGAAUAAGUGUUCGAUUUUCGGUUGAGGUGGCGAGGUGGGUGGGGUUUCAGUCAUGAUGGGCGGAAAAGGGGGGGGGAGGGGUCGAAUUGCGCGAAACUUAAGAGGUCGUACAGGGCACUAAAAUGCCUUAUAGUUUCGGCUCUGAUCUGUAUGCAGUUUCAGAAAUUGACAAUAUGUUAUUAUUUUUAACCAUGUAUUUUUCUUUAUUCAGAUCAUGAGUGCCUUCUUUAACCUGUGGGAAGAAAAUUGCACAGAUACGCAUCAAGUCCCAUUAGAUAAAUGCAGAUGUAACUAUGAGUCGGCCACGAUCGUUCGCGUGAAGUGUUUUUUAACGGCAUAUAUUGAACACAGGAAUAAACUGUUCCCACUAAAUUUUAUCACUGAUAAGGAUUCGUUCAGUGCAAAUAGUAAUAUGACCAUGAAGUACGGUAAGUUAACAUAUUUAUUAUUAGAACAUGUUCUAAACGCAUAUAUUAAUUUCUCGCAUUCCUAAAUACAUGCUCGUAUGUAUAGUCAUAGAGGCGUAACGAGGGUGUUUGGCACCCGGGGACAACAUUGGCGCCCAAGGACAAGAUCCAUUUUAAGAAAGCACCCUUUUCAUUUUUUUAGAAAACUCUCAUACCCAUUAUUCUCAUCAAUAAAAAAAUAUCAAAGCACAUUUUGACACCCCUAAAUAGCUGGCGCCCGGGGACAUAUGCCCCCCAACCCCCUCGCAACGUCAUUGUAACGUCACGAGCGGAAAUACCAUAUCUUACAUCUAAGAUUUCUGUGACGAUUUGCGUAUUCGUUGGCUAGACUAAAAAAAAAGCCUAACACAGAUGUUCUGGAAAGUGCUAAAAUUUUCAGCACUCGUUGUUGGUGGUACCUUCACUGUAAAGUCGAUGUGAAGAGAAUGAGGAAGAUAGUAUUCCGAAGGGCAUGCUGUACGGAGCAAUGUGUGAGCAGGCAACCCUAAUUUGACGGUCACCUGUGGCGCUGUAAGGUCAUUGUCAUAAGAAGCACGAAGAAGGUCAAUAUCGAAAUUGGCGAGUGAAGACCAUUGCUGAUCCCUAUUCCGGCUGGCGAACACUGUAUCAAUAAUUCAAACAGGCCCAAGACAUGCGAAAUUAAGUACUUGGGAGAAAAAAAGCAUAUUCAUAUGAAUAAAGUGAAACACGUUAAGUUUCUCCAGGCGGAAGAGUUGCACAGUCUGCCAUUGCAGAAUCAGCUUCAUUAGUCUCUUCAAUUAUGUUUCUGAAAAAAGCUACUCCAUCUUUUCACGAAGAGGAAUGGAAUAUAUUAGGUACACCCUGGUGCGCCUAAGCUGUCUCAAUAAAGCAGAAUGUAAUUUUUAAAAAAAAUGCAAUGCAUUUUAGACAACGCACAUCGAAAUUGAUCUCAGUUUAUACUUUAGGCUUAUUUGAAUUCACCCUAAGAAAGAUGAGGAUAUAAUUAAUUACUUGUUAAAAUCGUACAACAUCCCCUCAUUAUCGCGUUAAAGGGCACCCUCCAAAACUAAAGAUGAAAUCACAACUACUACUGGUGCAAUAUUUACCUUUGUUGAUAAAUCGGCGAUAUUAUCGUCAAAUCCUCGCGGUUUAAAAAAAAAAUAAAAUAAAUCGUGCGUUGGUAAAGCCGAUUGUAUUUCAGAUCGUUGGUUUUACAUUUAUCCGUCAACGACCUUACCAAAAGUCGUUAGAAUAUAACAUCAAAGCAGAAGUUUCCAAGUCCAGAUUACCGGAUUCUGGAGAUGAGUCUGUGGCAUUUCGUGUAACUUAUGGCGAAAAAAUAAGGCUGAUUCCAGCCCCAGGAUUGGUAUGUUCAGCCAUGCUGUCCCUGCUUUUAUGGACAGUAAUGAAGUCAUUCCAAAAAGAUACAGAACAAAUUGAGGGCUAUUCAAUCUUCGGAGAACGCAAGCGAUUUCGAAAGUCACAUAAACAUUUAUAAGAGACCACUUUUUAGCUGAUCUCUGCAACAUAAAUGUAAACUGAAAUUUUGCUAAAUAUGCCAUCUCUUUUUCGAUAGCCAAGGCCUCGACAACUUCAACCUCAACAUCCAUAUCGAAAGAAACCCCACAGACAUAACGUACUGAACAGCUGUGGACAAUAUUACAAUGAAAAUAACGCAUCUGUGAGACAGAAGCUCCAAGGAGUGGGAAAAAACAAAAAUAGAAAGUCAGAACCCUCUCACGGCCAAUAAUAUUGGACGAUGAGAUAAACAACAUAAUCUCCUAGUCCAGCGGUUCUCAACCUGUGUGUCGCAACCCCUUUGGGGGUCACGGGACCCUUUCCUAGGGGUCGCUUAAGACCAUCUGAAAACACAUAUCCUUACAGCUAUGAAGUAACAACGAAAAUAAUUGUGUGGCUGGGGGUCGCCACGACACCAGAAACUGUAUAAAAAGGGUCGUGGCACUAAAAAGGUUGAGAACCACUGUCCUAGCCGAAGGUUUAAGUUGGAAUACUUCACAGGAAUGCCUGAGAGGAAAGGUGUUAUUCUUUUCCCCUAAGCUGAAAGUAUGUCACGAAAUUUUAUGGACAACUCUCCUGUACGCGUGUGAGACGGAUACAGUGUAAAGCAGACAUGCUCGAUAACCUUACCAAUUACAAUUACGCUAAUUAAGCAAACGUCUUGACUUAUGGUUGAUUAAUAAUACACGAACAAAUUGUGUCAAUAUAACAAUAUAAGUUAACUGUAAUAAUAAUUAUACAAUAUACACAAGUAAACGUUUCGGCACAUGCCUUCAUCAGUACAAACAAACAAAACACGAAUUUAAAUAAGUAUAAAUUAAAUUUGCAUAAUAUAAUUAUACAUAUCCUACCUAAAACAGAAAAAAAUAGGAGAUGCUGCUAAAACCAGACAAAAACAAAGUAAAGAGGAGUAGAAAGGAAGUGAUUUUAACAAAAUUGUAAAAACCAAACAGGAAAAAGACAUGGCAGCUAGUUAAAAUUGUGGAUUUGGUUCAUUCCAUGUGGAGACAACGUAACAAAUGUAGUUAUUAAUUUGUUCUCCAUAUAGAGUCUAUCUGUAGUGUUACUAGUAAAGAGUAUACCAGUAUCUGCGAUGUCUGAGAUACCACCAUGGUUAGGGCUAUGGAAAUGUUUGGAGACCGGACAGAGAGCGUUUUUAUUUAUGUUAUAGAGGUGCUCUCUGAACCGGUCCCCAAGGGUUGAAGGCAUAUGGUUGCAGGACGAAAUCCUUGAUACGAAAUUCCUAAGAGGCUGGCUAUAGAAGCCGUCACACGUUCUUACAUUAAGGAACUAUCCUUUAAACUUAACAAUUCUAGAAUUUUAAAAUCUUCGUUUUUAAAAGUUUAAUGAAACUUAUUCUUUUUUUUAAUUUUUUAAAUUGCAUUUUUAAAUUUUUUUUAUAGGCAAUGCUUUAUGUCAAAUGGAAGCUUCAAGACCAGGAGCUGGCUACCGUAAGUGGCUUGAGUGGCUAUCAAAAUUUGAGGAAGUAAAUUAUUGAUUUUGAAUCUCAAGUACAUAUAUUCAGACGUUUUUCAAAAUAAAAUUAUUGAUUUUGAAUCUCAAGUACAUAAAUUUAGACGUUUUUCAAAAUAAAAUUAUUGCUUUUGAAUUUCAAGUACAUGCAUUAAGACGUUUUUCAAAACAUAAUUAUUACUUUUGAAUCUCCAGUACAUAAAUUUAGACGUUUUUCAAAACAUAAUUAUUACUUUUGAAUCUCCAGUACAUAAAUUUAGACGUUUUUCAAAACAUAAUUAUUACUUUUGAAUCUCCAGUACAUAAAUCUAGACGUUUUUCAAAACAUAAUUAUUACUUUUGAAUCUCCAGUACAUAAAUUUAGACGUUUUUCAAAACAUAAUUAUUACUUUUGAAUCUCCAGUACAUAAAUUUAGACGUUUUUCAAAACAUAAUUAUUACUUUUGAAUCUCCAGUACAUAAAUUUAGACGUUUUUCAAAACAUAAUUAUUACUUUUGAAUCUCCAGUACAUAAAUUUAGACGUUUUUCAAAACAUAAUUCAUGAUUUCUUCACAGGGACGAGCUCACGCUGCGGGAACAACGGGAUGCCUAGUAUGUAUUUUAUCUAUUACGUCGAUAAGCAGAAUGGAGUUGAGUGACUUUUACCAUGAGAUAUAACAUAUAACAUUGUCUAUUUUGCUAAAUGGCUAAAGCAUACACACGAAUUUAAUCCCAUGUUUAUUUAUUUAUUUUUCUUUUUAAACGGCGUGUCUCUACUGUUAAAGCAUAUGAUUUGAAUUCCUUGCCAUGGUUGAAAAUUGGACGAAGUGGAUGUUUGAGUCCACGAGAUCUUAUAAAGGUAUAUCGUGUUAGAACAAAGAGCUUAAGGUUAAACCUAGCUAUUGAAAACUCGCUCACUGAGAUAAUGUGCAGAAGAGAUUUGUUCGAUGAAAGUCACAAAAUGAGUUAUUUUGGCGUUCCUGUUGGUUGCCGUUCGUUAAUUCCUGACAUUUCCCAGUAAUCGCCCCCUGCUUUAGUGAGAUAGUCCCGUGGCAUCGAUUGACCGUUUACUUUGACACUGACUUGAUCCUUCAAAUGCUCACGAAUAAAUCGUUGAAAAUUCAACAGUCAUCUUACUGACCUUUCCUUCUCUUAGCAGGUCUCAUCUUUCUGGUCACGGCUUUGGUCUGCGCUGUUGCAUUAAUGAUUUUCUGUGCUCGCUGAACCCAUCGAUGGCACAGCUGGACGCGGAGGCCAGUUUGGAUCAACGGAACAAUAUAAUCUCUCUGUAACGUGCAGUUCAUCAAUUUGAGCUUAAACAC